CUGAUGGAACGGUGACUCGUUCGAUUGGUUGGCGCGGCGAACCCCUGACUGGCCCCACAUUUGUGUGGGCAGACGACCAAUACAUGGGUUUGACCCUGAUGGCACGAUUGGGGCGCGCGCUAAGGAGUACGGGAUACGUAGAAUUUGUAGCCAAUCAGUGCUUGUUGUUCAACCAUUAUCUUCAGGAUUCCGAAGACGGACUCGUCUAUCACGGCUACAACGACGCUGAUAAGCAUCAUUCUUGUUGCAAAUGGGGUCGAGCUAAUGGGUGGAGUAUCACAGCCUCCGUGGAGGUUCUCUUGGCUCUACAGGAAUUCAAAGAUAUCAUGCCCAGUAAGUGGUCAGGUGUGUUGAAAAUUUUUCAAACACAUGCCAGCGGAAUGUUGCGGUACCAGUCGACUGACGGGCGGUGGCGACAGGUUGUCAACGAGUCCAGCACCUAUCUGGAGACGUCCGUUACGGCCAUGACCUUGAGCGCACUAUCAAGAGCAGUCACACAGGGUUGGCUGGAUAAAGAAAAGUAUGGCCCAAAGUUAGACUUGGCGUGGGAAGGUCUGCAGGGCGUUCUGCAAGCCGAUGGUACGGUUGAUGGGGUGUGCACCGGCACAGGGAACGGGCACGUAGUUCAUUGGUUCGGCUGAGGUGCGAUGUGUCGUAGGAUCGACCACCCUCGAUGGAUUAGAGUUGUUCCCCUUUCAACAUGUAUUGUCUUGAGACUGUUUCAGGGAUCCAGACUUGUGUAGAGGACUACGAGAAGAGGCCGACGCCGUAUCUAAACAGUCGCAAUGGAGGGGUCGGGUCCGUUCUCCAUGCUGCUGUUCAUUACUACCAGUUCAAAAACAUGUAGACAGCAGUGCAAAAACAUGUUUCGUACCUGUUUAAGCCGAGUGCGAAUGUACAUUUUACA